AUGGCAGUCUCCCUCUCAUCCUGCCUCUGUGUCAGCCAGGAGCUCAUCUUCUGUGGCUGCACCAAUGGGAUAGUGCGCAUCUUCCAGGCCCACAACCUACACUACCUUGCCAACCUGCCCAAGCCGCACUACCUAGGAGUGGAUGUGGCCCAGGGCCUGGAGCCCAGCUUCCUCUUCUGCGGGAAGGCAGAAGCAGUCUACCCGGAUACAGUGGCACUGACCUUUGACCCCACCCACCAGUGGCUGUCCUGCGUGUAUAAGGACCACAGCAUCUAUAUCUGGGAUGUCAAAGACAUCAACAAAGUAGGCAAGGUGUGGUCGGAGCUCUUCCACAGCUCCUACGUGUGGAACGUGGAGGUGUAUCCUGAGCUUGAAGAUCAGAGAGCUUGUCUACCAUCAGGAUCUUUUCUGACUUGUUCUUCAGAUAACACCAUUCGCUUCUGGAACAUGGAUAGCAACCCUGACUCUCCCUGGCAGAGAAACAUCUUCAGUAAUACCCUACUGAAGGUAGUGUAUGUAGAGAAUGACAUUCAGCAUCUGCAGGAUAUGUCACACUUCCCAGACCGGGGGAGUGAGAAUGGGGCACCUAUGGACAUGAAAGCCGGAGUACGAGUCAUGCAAGUCAGUCCUGAUGGCCAACACUUGGCUUCAGGUGACCGAAGUGGAAAUCUGAGGAUCCAUGAGCUGCACUUCAUGGAUGAGCUGGUCAAGAUGGAGGCCCACGAUGCUGAGGUGCUAUGCCUGGAGUACUCCAAGCCUGAGACUGGGUUGACCUUGCUGGCCUCGGCCAGUAGGGAUCGACUGAUCCAUGUGCUGAACGUGGAGAAGAGCUACAACCUGGAGCAGACCCUGGAUGACCAUUCCUCCUCCAUCACGGCCAUCAAGUUUGCAGGCAACAGAGACAUCCAGAUGAUCAGCUGUGGGGCUGACAAGAGCAUCUACUUUCGUAGUGCCCAGCAGGGCUCAGAUGGGCUCCACUUUGUCCGCACCCACCAUGUGGCAGAGAAGACCACCUUGUAUGACAUGGACGUUGACAUUACCCAGAAGUACGUGGCUGUGGCCUGCCAGGACCGCAAUGUGAGAGUCUACAACACCAUGAAUGGAAAGCAGAAGAAGUGCUACAAGGGCUCCCAAGGCGAUGAAGGGUCCCUGCUGAAGGUCCACGUGGACCCCUCAGGCACCUUCCUAGCCACAAGCUGCUCUGACAAAAGCAUCUCAGUGAUUGACUUUUACUCGGGCGAGUGCAUUGCCAAGAUGUUUGGCCAUUCUGACAUCGUCACCGGCAUUAAGUUCACCUACGACUGUCGUCACUUGAUCACAGUAUCAGGAGACAGCUGUGUGUUCAUCUGGCACCUGGGCCCAGAGAUCACCAACUGCAUGAAGCAGCACCUGCUGGAAAUUGACCAUCAGGAGCAGGGGCAACAGAACACAAAGGAUGGGAAGUGGAGCAGCCACCCCAGGCAGGAGGCAUGUACAUCCAGCAAGAUUUGCUCCUUAAGCCCUGGAGAGCAGACAGAGGAUGAGCUGGAGGAAGAGUGUGAACCUGAAGAGCUGCUGAAGACACCAUCCAAAGAGAGCUUGGACCCAGAUCCUCCGUGCCUGCUGACCAACGGCAAGCUGCCACUCUGGGCAAAGCGGCUGCUGGGAGAUGACGAUGUGGUGGGUGGCUCAGCGUUCCGCACCAAGCACAGCUACCAGCCACAUGGUCGCUGGGCGGAGCGAGCUGACCAGGAGCCCCUCAAGACCAUUCUGAAUGUCCAUGACUUGGAUUGCUUCUUUACCCCCAUGAAGUUUGACAGCCUGGGGGACUCCAUUCUGGAUACAGUGGAGCCGCAGAGCCUGGCAGGUCUGCUGAGUGAGUCAGAGAGUCCCCAGGAAGAUGGCCAUAGGAAUCCCUCCUUCCUGCCCUUACAGAGGGAGUGUUCUGAAGCCAGAGAGGUCAUCAUCUCCCUGGAGGCAGAGGUGCCGGUCCCAGGGACGGACAGCAAGUGCAGCUGGAAAGUGGUGAGGGGGGAACCUGAAGACCAGCAAGGUGACUUCUAUCUCAGAGUCUCCUCCAUGGGCUCAAAGGAUCAGAGCAAACUUGAGGAUUCAGGGGAUUCCGAGGCCUACUUGGAAUGUACCUCCGCCACCAUCCAUUCCUCCCCUCCACACCUGGACCCAGACCCUUGGUUUGACAUGACAGUGAUCCCCAUACCAGAAUACCCAGGACCUGCAGAAGAGUUGUCCCAGCCUGAGGUACCAGGCAUAUCCAAUGGCUCCCUGCCCCAGACCCCUGAGCAAGAGAAGUUUCUCCGCCACCACUUUGAGACACUUACUGACGCCCACCCCGAGGAGCUCUUUCACGGAUCCCUAAGAGAUGUGACAGCCUCUGAGGAUGAGGACUCUCUAAAUCCCCGGCUAAGCAUCUCAGCCCAGUUCCACUCACGCCUCCAGAAGACAUCCAGGCUCAACCACACCUUCCCUUUCCGGCUGCCCUUGAACCUUCUGAAGUCCCCAGAGGUCAAAGUCAUAGACCUCGGGGAGAACCAGCCCAGAGCAGAGCCUCUGAGAGCAGGUACUGGCUAUGCCUUCCCGGACAGGACCAACGUCCUCUCUGAGGGGAAGGCUAAGGAGCCCCUUGACACCCUGGAGGCCUGGUACCCACGGACCUCUUGCCUCACAGGACUGGCUUCCUGCGUCCCCUCUUUCUCAUUGCUGCCCACAGACAGGAAGCCUCUGACGCCCACAGCCCUACCCACUCCAGGCCUCCACAGCCCCUCUACCUGCUCCUACAUGGAGGCUGCUGCCAGCUCCUGUGCCAAGAAGUCACACAGCAUCUCCCUUGAGGACAGUGAAGACCCUGUCCUGGCUGAAUUGACUAGACCCCUCUGCAGGCCCUCGUCCAUGGGGGAGCUGGCCUCCCUGGACCAGGAGCUUCAGGCCAUCACCACCACUACGGCAGCACCCAAUUCUGGCAGCAAGGGCCAAGAGCCUGCCCUGACGUCCCAGGGCAACCAUGAAGCCCGGGCCAGCCUCAGACAGACCCUGUCGGGUGUCUGUGACAGGCUCUUACUGCCCCCACCCCCACAGGAGUCACCUACUACUUGUGUUGGGUCCCAGGAACCGGUGGCCACGCAGCCUGAUGCCACGGUUACAACAGCUAGCUUCCCAGCUCCCAUAGAUGUGAGCUCCCUGAGGCUCCACAGCUCCACCUUUCUCCCAAGGCUUCUGGCCCCUGGGCCCCUCAACAGCCCUGCCCACCCUGAUGGCCUCUCACUUCCAGAGGCCAUGCCAGGGGGCCCUGGUGGCAUCACCCCCCUCCUGGAGCUCACCCCUGAUGUGCUCAGUGUGGUCCGGGACAGCCCCGAACACUGCGGGGAGCCUGGGGUGCCAGCUGCAGUCCUUUCCCCAGCUCCCCUUGAGCUGAGCAGUGUGGGGACCAUCGUGCACAAACUGAAGGCAGCCUUCCAAGAAGCCCUGGACCUUUACCACCUGAUGGUCUCCAGUGGCCAGCUGAGUACUGAGCAGCAGCAGGCACGGACUGAGCUGGCCUCCGCCUUCCUUUGGAUCCACAGCCAGUUAGAGGCCAACGACUGGCUGGUUGGGAGUGACGCGGCCCCAGCCCAGGCCCUGCCCAGCCCAGGUCCUCUCUCCCCACCUACCUUGUGCCCUCUGGCUAGCCCAGAUUUGCGUGCCCUGCUGGAACACUACUCGGAGCUGCUGGUGCAGGCUGUGCAGAGGAAAGCACAGGGGGACUGAGGGCCAGCAGCCCUGCUAUUUUCUGACGAAAUAGGUAUUUUAAGCAAAUAAAUGGACAACUUGGAGGAAUGG